AUGAUUGUUUCGCAGGGUAACAAGUUGCCACUUACUUCCUUGUUCUAUGUACAAAAUCUUUCAGCUACUCUGCAUGUGGAAAUUUCUCAUCUCAUUUACUUCGAUUAUAAAUUCAUUCCAUUACCUCAGCACUGCUGCCAGCAUGCAAAGUUUCAUCUUGAAAUUUUCCUCGACUGCCUUUAUGGUAAUUACGUUGUUCUCAAGCUCUAUCAUGUGUUUGUUGCCAGCAAUUUAUCUGAUGAAUUUCCUUACCCAAGCAAUCAUCCGAGAGAACCAUAA